AUGGCUUCUUGGCUACCUAUCCCUUCAAAGAGCCACUUCUCACUGGCAAACAUUCCCUUUGGAAUCAUCUCAACAUCCACUGGACAAACGCUUCGUCCUGCGAUUGCAAUCGGCCAGCAUGUUCUUGACCUAUCAGCCUUUUCUCAAAACAACGGUUUCUCCAAACUAGCAGACUUUCCCUCCGAUCAACUCAAGGUCUUUUCCCAAACUACCCUUAAUGACUUUGCUGCUCUUGGAAGACCCGUGCACAGAGCUACACGGGCCUAUCUCCAAGAUAUCUUCCGCCAAGAAACGCCAUACCCUGAGAUCCUCAAGGAUAAUGAGUCCCUGAGAAAACAAGCUCUCAUUCCAAUUGGGGAUGUUCAGUCUCACUUGCCCCUUAGCAUCGGCGACUAUACUGAUUUCUUCGCUGGUCGUAACCACGCUCACACCGUGGGUACACUCUUCCGCGGCGCUGCAAACGCUCUGCAGCCUAACUACAACCAUCUACCCGUCGCAUACCACGGCCGCGCAAGUUCCGUCGUGGUAUCAGGAACACCCCUCCACCGCCCCUGGGGCCAGGUCCUGCCUAACCCUCAAGCCAAAGAGCCUGUGUUCCAGCCCUGCGCCCGACUUGAUAUUGAGCUGGAGCUCGGUAUGUUUAUCAGCAAGGGGAACAAGCUCGGUGCUCCUGUUGAUGUGAAUAACGCGGAGGAGUAUAUUUUCGGAUAUGUUCUUAUGAAUGAUUGGAGUGCGCGGGAUAUUCAGCAGUGGGAGUAUGUUCCGCUGGGACCGUUCAAUGCGAAGAACUUUGGGACGACGAUUAGUCCUUGGGUUGUUUUGGCGGAUGCGCUGGAGGGCUUUAGGGGAAAGGGGUUGGAGAAUGAGGUGCCGCCGAAGAAGUAUCUUGAUGAGAAGAGGGAGGACUCGAUUCUUGAUAUCAACCUGGAGGUUUCUAUCACUACUGCCAAGGGUAACAAGACGAAAAUCACCCAAGUCUCAUCCCAGAACCUUCUCUGGUCCUGGCCCCAGAUGAUCGCCCACCACUCCGUGUCAGGGUGCAACCUUCGCCCAGGAGACCUGCUCGGUUCAGGGACAAUUUCUGGUCUUGAGCCUGGAACGCAGGGAAGUCUUCUUGAGCAAACGAUGGGCGGGAAACAAUUUGUCAAGUUGGAGGGAGGCGAGGAGCGAAAGUUUAUCCAGGAUGGUGAUAGUAUCACUAUUACGGGUUGGUCUGGUACUGCUGAGGAUGGAAUUGUUGGGUUUGGGGAGUGUGAGGGUACGAUUAUUGCUGCCAUUCCUAGAGAUUAA